UUUGCUCUUUCAUAAAGAUUGCCGUAUUUGUCUUUUUUUUAGAUCUACAAUUGUCUUUUUCGGCAUGGUUAUUCAGCAGUGACUGAAAUAAGAGUGACUGGACAAUCCGCAUAAUCGCUCGCAAAAGCUCCCAUAAAAUUGUGAAAAUUGUUGCAAAAUUCCCGAUCGCAAACGAGUAGUACAGCAGAGGCAGGGAAGAAGGCAUAGACGCCAAAGGAGGGAGAGAAGCGGAGGAAGAAUGGAGCAGACGCGGGAGAUGCCGAGAUGCCAUUGGGGAAGUACUACUGUGACAAGGAGUUCCAGGACACCGCCGCCGCUCGCAGGCGCCACCUCCAGGGCGCGCAGCACCACCGCGCCUGUGCCCUUUGGUACGACUCCGUCCGCCGCCAAGAGUCCAUCGGCUGCGCUUCUCCCUUCCUCCAGCCCGACGCUGCGAUCCUCGGCAAAGGCGUCUGCAAGAUGUAUGACGCCAAAUCGGCUGUUAGAAACGAGGGAACCACCGGAGAUCGAAUAACCGUGCCGAUUUCUCGUGCCCUCGUGCUGUUCAGUGCCGAGCAACGGCCAGAUUCUAUGGGCCGUGCUUUUUUUUGCGUGCCUCUGGCCGGCCCGAAAUAACUAGGCCCGAUGGCCAGGAUUUUUUUUUUGCGGGAAC